AUGGCACUGCUAGCUGCUGGAGCCGCUGCGGCGGCUGCUACAGGAAUCAGCAUGUAUCUCGACGGCAAGUAUUCGAUUCGCAGCGACCUCGCCCAGAUGCGAGGGGGCAGGGAUCUACAGAAGUACGUCGAGGGGCUGUUCAGGGACUACGGAGAAGAUGACUGGUCUUUCUACCACAUCAUCCAUUCGACGUAUGCUGAAAAUCACCACACGGACAAGGAGGCAUUCGUUUUCGAGGGCCGAACUUGGACGUAUCGCCAGCUUCGUGAAGAGAUUGGUCGACUGGCCGAAACGUUUGAGAGGCUCGGUAUCAAGAACCGGACCGUGGUGGGAAUGUUUGUCAACAACUCGCCCGAAUUCGUGUUUGCUUGGUGGGCGCUCUACAAGCUCGGUGCUAUUGCCGCGCCUGUGAACACCUCCAUUACGGGGUCCCACAUCAAGCAUUGUCUCAAGGUCAGCGAAGCCGAGUUCUGCAUCACAACUUACGAGCUGUAUGAUGUCCUGGCCAAAGCGCUGGUGCUCGACGAGGGCCCCCCAGGCUCUCCGACCCAGCCGUCAUCACCGCUUCCGAGGAUAUUCCUGUACGAUUAUAGCUCGUACCCUCCGAUCCAAGUCGACCUUCAAGAGAAUGUACUGCUGAGGCACGACGAGCUGCCUCCUGUAACGCCGGAAAUGGGCGAUUAUCCCAAACACAAGAGACCCAAAGUCGGUCCCACGGACGCGGCGCAAUAUCUCUUCACAUCCGGAACAACUGGGAUGCCCAAAGCUCUGAUCUGGCCGCUCGGAUACAACCGCCUGACCGGACACCCACACAGAUGGCCACACAUGCAAGGAAGCAACAGAAGAUGGUAUAUAUGCCUGCCUAUGUUUCACGGGACCGCAUCCUUCGCUGCCCUGCCUGGCGCAUUGGCGGCCUCCGGGACUGUGAUUCUUGCGCGGCGCUUUUCACGUCGGGAGUUCUGGGCCGAUAUCCGACGUUCACAGGCCAACGCCAUCCUCUACAUCGGCGAGAUGUUCCGCUAUCUGGUCCAGUCUCCCCCCGAUCCCCGAUUUCCAAACGAAAAAGAUCACGGGGUUGAUUUGGCCUAUGGUCUCGGCUUGGCUCCCUCUGUAUGGCGAGGAGUAAGAGAAAGGUUUGGCAUUCCGUGGAUUGUAGAGUACUACUCGGCCAGCGAAGCAACAAUCUCACUGCUCAACUCGAAUAAAAACGAUCUCGGCGUGGGCAAGGUAGCCCGCUGGGGUCCCUUAAUGCGGAACAAAUGGGUUGGCCAGGUCGCGUUUCAAAUCAUCAAGGCUGAUUUCGAGACUGGGGAAGUGAUCAGAAACCCCAAGACAGGAUUUUGCAUCAAGGCAGACUAUGAUGAGGUCGGCGAGGCGAUAAGCAAGAUCAUUCCUCCCAUCCAACGACGGCACGACUAUGUUGGACAGGGGGGCCCAGACGCCACCCAGAAAAAGGUGCUCAGAGAUGUCUUUGAGAAAGGGGACGAAUACGUUCGGAUUGGGGACGCAUUGGAGAUGGAUAAAGAUGGAUUCAUCCAGUUUCGUGAUCGACUUGGAGAUACCUACCGUGCCAAGGGUCAUAAUAUUUCCACCACCGAAGUUGAGGCAUGGCUCAGCAGACAUCCUCAGAUUGCUUCCGUCAACGUCUAUGCCAUCCCCAUGAACACUUAUGGGUAUGAUGGGCAGUUGGGAUGUGCAGCAAUCACCUUGCAGGGAGUGUCCUCGGAGGAGGAAGUCAUGUCGCAAUUGGAACACUGGCUGCGCACAUCAGAAAGCGCCCUGCCGGCAUAUGCGGUGCCACGUUUCGUCAGAAUCCUGAUCAACGAUGGCGCGCCACAAGACUCGGGCGGCUUGAGCGGUGACAGCGGCAGCGAGCGGGUUUCGACGAUUAUGAAGAAGUUGAAGACCGGUCUUCGCAAAGAUGGCUUUUUGAUUCCCGAGGGGAACAAGGACCGGAUGUUUUGGAUAGAGAAAGAAGGGUCAGGGUACAAACCCCUGACCAAUGAGGCUAUUCAGCUCCUCCUCUCCGGCAAGGCUCGAUUGUGA